AUGGAGUGGAUGAGUGGGGUAACAGAUCCCCAACUUCCCGAACCCUGCGAGCCACGGUCUUUGGGAAGGGGCUCUUCAUUAGAGGAUAGAGAAAUCCCGUUUGAUAGUCCUCGCAAGCGAAAAGGAUCUGAUGCUGCAAUGUCAGACCGCGAUGACGAUUCACUCUUAGAGGCUAAGAGCAAGCAACAAGAAAACCAACCGCUACACCCGGGCCCGCUUACAUUAAGCGGCUUGGGCAGGGCGCCAUUAUAUCCCGAAGACAGCAUCUCGGAGACAGACGUCGCGCAGAUCCCCUCACGUUCUUCUAGUCCUUCAAAAAACUUGACGUCUACGGUUAGUUCGAAACUUCAGAAGAGGGAAUUGCUCGAUCAAAGCUUCCCGAGAUUCGACUUUUUAAGCGCGUCAGGGCGGGGCGGGUUAAGCGCAGAUGAAACCCCAGAAGAUUGGGUGGCUGCCAGUCUCUAG